AUGCCAGUCUACUUGCUUCACGGCUUCCGCUGGCCACGCGCGGGCUUCACAGGAAUCCGCGUCUACAUUGUUAUCCACGACCUCGAAGAUGCGGCUGCAGAAUACAUCCAACAACAAACCACAUCGCAACUUUUGCUUGAAACCCUGCAUCGCACAGAACCCGACAUCAUGGCUCGACUCCCUGGGCUGCGAUUCAUAGAGCAGUACGAUCCCGAAGACACCGCCGGCGAAAACGCGGUGAGCCAGCCGUUCGCUUAUGUGGCCGAUAAAGUAAUUACGAUACCCGACGAGGCAGCCGCAGACAACGCGGCGGAUCUAAGCAUCAAUAUUGAAGAGACGCUCAAGCGUCAUCAGGAGCAAGGGUACGCAGCGGCGAUUACGGAUUUACGGGAUAAACUGGCUCCUGAAGAGAAGGUAGGGUGGUGGAUGGUCUACAACGGAGAUCCAGAGAGAGGGUAUCCUGAGAGUGAAGACGAGGAUGAUUACGACGACGACUAUGACGACGACUAUGACACCAGCUACAUGGACUUUGAAAGCGAAGAUGGUGACGGUAAUAGUGGCGUCUACCAUGAGAGGAUGGUGAGUACUACUAGUGACAUGAGCGGCGCUGAUAAUACUGCCCUGGCCGAUGAUGCCAGUAGUCGUGGAAGAUCGAGGGCCAAAUCGAACACAGUGUCACAGUUGAGUUUGAGCCGUUUCUUCCGCAGAAGGCAUCCGCAAUAA